GCGGAGCCGGCCAGGGGCGGGUCUGGGGAGCCGGGAGGCCGCUCUGGGGCCGGGGGGCGGCCGGGGCGGUGACGUCACCGUAUGACUGGGUUUUUAUGAAUGAAAGGAAUCCUGUGAGUGAGUAAUUCCGGGAAGCUCGCCUUACAACUCGGCGCGGCCCCCAGCGCUGCCCGCCCCACAACAAAACUCGGCGCGUCGCUCCGGCGAUCCGGGCUCUGAGCGACCCGCGGUCGGGACCGGAGGGGGAGGCUGACCCAGGCGCGGGCCGAGGAGAGCAGCUCAGACGGCAGCGGGACCCCGUGCGUGCCAGGGACGCCAGGCGAAGCAGGACGAGAGGCGGGUCUUAGCCCAGAGGGUACCUUCUGCAAACAUGUCUGUGGAUCCCUUAUCCAGCAAAGCGCUGAAGAUCAAGCGUGAGCUGAGCGAAAACACGCCGCACCUGUCGGACGAAGCGCUGAUGGGGCUGUCUGUGCGCGAGCUGAACCGGCACCUGCGAGGGCUCUCGGCCGAGGAGGUGACGCGGCUCAAGCAGCGGCGCCGCACACUCAAGAACCGCGGCUACGCGGCCAGCUGCCGCGUGAAGCGCGUGUGCCAGAAGGAGGAGCUGCAGAAGCAGAAGUCGGAGCUGGAGCGCGAGGUGGACAAGCUGGCGCGCGAGAACGCCGCCAUGCGCUUGGAGCUCGACGCGCUGCGCGGCAAGUGCGAGGCGCUGCAGGGCUUCGCGCGUUCGGUGGCCGCCGCCCGCGGGCCCGCGGCGCUGGUGGCGCCGGCUAGCGUCAUCACUAUAGUCAAGUCGGCCCCGAGCCCCGGCCCGGGCCCCGCCCCUGGCCCGGGCCCUGCCUCCGGCCCGGGCCCCGCCCCCGGCCCCGCCCCCGCCGCCUGCUCCUAGUGCUCUCCGAGACCCGCUCGUUCCACCCACGCCCAUUCCCCAAACCACGCCCCUCCGACCCCAGCUGCCAUCCCUAAGUGCCUAAGCGCCGCCUCUGUCUCCAAGUGCCAUUUCUCUGCAGCCACCAGCUCUCCCCGUGGUGAACACACGUUCCCUCCCCAGAUCCUGUCUUCCUCGUGCGAUCUCUGAAACUGGGACCUAAUGGCCCCGGGGAGGGGCAACUUUGGUGAGAUAGGAAGUCGGGUGAGGUCGAGGUCUGGCGUUUCCUAAAAACGUCAGCCUUCUUAGUUUGGGAGGAUGGGAUACAAAGCUGAUUAGAGAAGGGCCAUAGAGGGGAAGAUGGCCACCCCUCAUUUUGUAACUGUUUGCUCAGAUCGUGCCAUCGGCCCGUCCCCACCCUCCACGAUACAAAACUAGACUUGACCCCGCAUGCCUCUGGUAGGAUUGUCCAGCUGGGAAGUUGAUGUUCCCGCCUCUGCUUUGGGCCUGGAUGCCUGGCCCUCCAGAGCUGGAAGACUCAUUAGAAAUCACCUAGUGAAGCCCAAUUCACAGAUGGGAAAACAGGCCUCCAGCGGACUUGACAAUGCCCAAGGCCACGUAUGCUUAGCGGUUAAGCUGGAACCGUGUCUUUCCACUGCUGCCCUGAGAUUCCAGCCGUGGUCAGGGGGACAGUGGUCGGGGCCUGAAAAGGUGAUGCAAGGGCCUCCGUGGUCUGGGAGGUAGCUCUCUGUGAGUCAGGUGAACAGAAGUAGAGGGAAAGAGUAGGUGAUACAGAUGGAAGAGAGGGAAGGAGCUGGCCUGACUCUGUCCUGGGCUCUCCCUGAACCCAGGGAGCUGGCCAAAGAGAAAGGGGACAAAGGAAGUGACCACAGAGGCAGGUGGGGAGAUGAGAAGACAGAUCCUACAGUUCUGAACCCUGGGAUAGGGGUCCUUAAAAAGGGAAGGGUCCGACCUGUCCAUCCUAUUGGGUGGGGGCGGGUCACUGCCAUUGACUGCUAUUCUCCUGGGAAGUCUGGCCCCAGCCCCUCCCCUUUCCCUGUUAGACAGCUGCCCCUUCCCGCUGUUUAUUUAUUGCACGAAUCUAAGUUAUUCUCCCCAGCCGGAGGCCUAGCGCCCACUGCCUGGGAAAUGUGGCGUGCAGUCCUGAGCUGGACUUUAUAUUUUAUAUCUGCAAAUAAAACACAUUUUAUCUUAUAUUUAGGGAAAGCCGGAUAGCAAAACAACCAAAAAAUGUGUUUUAAAAGAAAAGUGCCCGGCCCCCAGAAUUUAUUUAUUUUUCUGACUUACAGUAAGCGAGUUAUCCGCCUUCUGUAUUUUGUAGACUUCCUGAAUAAAGUCAAGUUCUCUUUUUCCACA